UAAUCUUUUUGUGAUGGUGAAUCCCAAAUUAUUUCGCUAUUCAACUCUGGGAUUUGUAAAUAAACACAUAGUUCAUCCGAGUUUAUUCAACAGAGGUCAUAAUAUAGUGUUUUAUGCCACUUCCGCUGUUAAUCAAGGUUACGUGAACCCUAAUGCAAAUCAUAAGUCUUGGGAAGGUUUCUGGUGGAUUCCAGAAAAUCCUUGGAGAGUCGAUCCCAUACCCCCCAAGCUAAACGAAAAGACCCUUACUUUUUUAAAGAAGAAAGAGUCAGGAAACUGGGCAGACUUAACAGAUGCAGAAAGAGAGCUAUUGUACAGGUUAGACUACGGCAAAACAUUUCUUGAAAAUGCAGCUGGGCGUAAAACCACUUGGGAAGAAAAAAGAUUCAUUUUUAUAGUAGUAACCUCCUCCCUGAUAUUCUCAUACGUUCUUUUUGUGUCGAUUCGAAGUUAUUUAUUGAAAGGGAAGCCCACAAAAACACAUACAGAGGAAUGGAGAAGAGCAAGUGAAGAGUAUCUUCGCUCACACAAUGCAAAUCCAAUAAGCGGGAUUCGUAUGUUUUUAUAAAGCUUUCUGUACUAUUAACAUUGUCAUGAAAGGCCUAAAUAAGAAUUCGG